UAAAAACAAUCAUAAAGGUUUGGAUCUACAUGAGGGAGCAGAAAUAUCUAUAAAUAUCCCAAAUGAUGUGCUUAUAUAGUUGUCAGGUUCCUAGUCUGUUCUCCAGUCGGUCAUCCCUAUUCCGGACUACAUUUCCCAUAUUCCUCCUCACUACUUUCCCUGAACUGAAUUUGUAAUUAUCCUAACCUGCCAUCAUUUACCAUGAUCAUCUCUGUUGUCUAUUUAUACUCUUUUUGUUUUCCCCUUGGUGGUCUGUUAAUGUUUUGUGAUAUUUACCCGUCAUCCUGUUUAUUGUUUUAUUAUUAUUAUUAAAAUUUAUUCAUCGUUGUAUUUCUCCACGUCUUCCUCUGAUCACAUACCGUGACAAUAGAAAUAGUGGUCUUGAGUCAUCACCACCGUCUCUUGCUUCACAUCCUCACUGAGGUCCAUCUAAGAAUUGAAUCCUGCAUCUAAAUGAUCAGUGUCAGAAUAAAGACUGCACCUUUCCUGUAUAAAACAUAUUUUAUUACAUAAAAUAUUUGAUUAAUUCUUCAAACCAUUUAAUUAUUUUGAAUCUUUUCUUUAGGCUUUUAAUUAACUUUGCCAUUUAUGCAAAAAUUGCAUAUCCCAAAUUUCUAAGACAUCUACUGUUCAGUACAAUGUGUCCCCACAUUUACAUUUGCAUUUAAACAAAUGGUCAUAAAGCCGAAAUACUGUUAUUUCUAUGUGUACCAUCUGUCCACAGAACAUAUUCUAGAGAUUUCCGUCUUUAUUUAACCAUUGCAAUGUCUCAUUUUAGCCUCCCAGACUCUUGUGUUGCUCUCGGAGACAGAUGCGGUUACCAGGCAACCGCUCCUGUAGCUGUAUCAGUAUGAGGCUGGAGUGGGGGUUUGCAUUUCACAACGAUGCUGAGCUGCUCUCCUAUUGGCCUCAACAUCCUGACAAGUAAAUCGAUUGGAUGAGUGAAAACCCACCAGGAAUGAAUCGAACCAUAGACUCCUCUGAUUGUAGAUGCCUCGCGGCUGAACCAAGACAAGACAAGUCUGCCUGGCCGUCUAGCGUUUUGUGGAGUUUAUGUGUGUGUGCCAUUAGCCUCUUUGCGUGGAGUUACCCCUCGUACAGCCCAUGACGCUUUGCGGUGGAACUGGAUGCUGAUGGAUGAAAAAUGGACGGUGUGCCGCUCAUUCAUUACACAUGCAUGCCUUUUCACAGACACCUUUUUUCAGCUGUGGAUCUGAAUGAAUGUAUCAGCAUCUGAAUACAACUGCUAGCACAGCGAUGUGACAGAAGGAUUGGUAGAGCUGCAGCCCCGCCCUUGGUUCUGUCCCAGAAUGCUGAGUCCAGUUCUGUGUUCAGACCUUGCAGUCCUAGAGCCGGACUUCACAGAGGCUGAUGUCAUCUCAACGGUUGAGUUCAACCAGACAGGAGAGUUCUUGGCCACAGGAGAUAGGGGUGGGAGGGUCGUCAUCUUUCAGAGAGAACCACAGGGCGAAUAUAAUGUUUAUAGUACAUUUCAAAGUCAUGAACCGGAGUUUGAUUACUUGAAAAGUUUGGAGAUCGAAGAGAAAAUAAAUAAGAUUCGCUGGCUGCCUCCGCAUAACCCCGCCCACUUCCUCCUCGCCACCAAUGAUAAGACCAUAAAGCUGUGGAAGGUGAGUGAGAGAGACAAGCGAGCAGAAGGUUAUAAUCUCCGAGAUGAAGAGGGAAGACAGAAGGAUCUUUCAACCAUCACCACUCUACAGGUCCCUGUCCUGCGUCCGAUGGAUCUCCUGGUUGAAGCAUCACCUCGGCGGGUUUUUGCCAAUGCACACGCUUAUCACAUCAACUCCAUCAGCGUCAACAGUGACUGUGAGACUUACCUGUCCGCUGAUGACCUGAGGAUCAACCUGUGGCAUCUCAACAUCACUGACCGCAGCUUCAAUAUAGUAGACCUGAAGCCAGAAAACAUGGAGGAUCUGAGUGAGGUGAUCACAGUGGCAGAGUUUCAUCCUCACCACUGCCACCUGUUGGCCUUCAGCAGCAGCACAGGAACCACACGGCUCUGUGACAUGAGAGCCCGUGCCCUCUGUGACCAACAUGCCAAAUUGUUUGAAGAGGAAGUGGAUCCUGCACGGCGAUCGUUCUUCUCCGAGAUUGUUUCUUCAGUGUCAGAUGUCAAGUUUAGUCACAGCGGUCGCUACCUGCUCACGCGAGAUUACCUCACCGUUAAAGUCUGGGACCUUAACAUGGAAAAUAAACCAGUGGAAACAUACCAGGUCCACGACUACUUACGAACUAAACUGUGCUCUUUAUAUGAAAGCGACUGCAUUUUUGACAAGUUUGAAUGUGCUUGGAACGGAACAGACAGCGUCAUUAUGACAGGGGCUUACAACAACUACUUCCGAAUGUUUGACCGGGCGAGCCGGCGUGACGUGACUCUGGAGGCCAGUCGAGAGAUGUGCAAGCGCAGGGCGGUCCUGCAGCCGCGUCGGGUGUGCGUGGGGAAGAAGAGGAAAGAGACGGACGUCAGCGUGGACAGUAUGGAUUUCCGGAAAAAGAUCCUUCACACUGCCUGGCAUCCUAAAGACAACAUAAUCGCCAUCGCCGCCAGCAACAACCUCUACAUUUUUCAGGACAGACUGACGGCCCACGGACAUCACAAUGCACAACAGAUACAAAGUGCGCCCCCCGAAUAACAGACACACUGGCCUUCCAUACAGUAACUGAAGUAUCUUCCUAUUGGCACAGUGUGCCAAAAUGGUCUCUUUUUGCCCUUUAACAUCACAUUUUCCAUCUGGAUUCACCGAUGCCAGCCUCAGAACAAUCACAUAAACUAUAACAAACAUAUAUAACCGUUUCAUGAUAUGGUCCCGAAUGAGAACGUACCACUAUAGCAUGGCAUGCAGUAUGAACAUUCUGGUAUAGGGUUCAGAUCGCACAUGCAUGUUUACAAAGCCGUUUGCUCAUAAUCAGGGCUCAUUUAACUAUAUGACGACCAUUGUGAAUGAAUACGAUGCUUUAUUAUGCUCUGUAGUGCUUGUAUAGAAUUGAUGUGCCCGUUCUUCUCAGGCUUGAAUUUUCAUUGGUUUGACAGAUCGCUCAGGGACACUUACUUACGUUUAAUGGCUAAACUCACAAUAGGAAAUCCAGAACAAGCAGUGAACCGGAUGCCGAGUUAUGGGAGGCUGCUGAAAGGAAAACGGCGUGUGCAGGGAUCAGAUUUAAUGCUGAGUCAUCAAACCUCAAAAACAAAGAACAUUUCAGUGCUUUCGUUCACGUACCAAGUCUAGCAUAUUAAAGGAAUAAAGCCCAAAACGGAGCCCAAUGCCUAAAUUUCUUCCCUGGACUACAAAAGGACAUAUUUUGAUGAAUGUUGGAAGUGCUAUUUUCCAUACAAUGAAUGCAGAAAUGACCAGGAAUUGUCAUUCUCCAAAAAUUACGAUAAAACACCUCAAAAUUUGUCUAUAAAAUGUGUUCUAUAUUUUAGGCCUAAAGCCGUCUUUCCACUGUACACGACAUUUGGACACGGUUGUCGGAGUUCGCCCCCUGUUGGCAGUCGUCAUUGAAUUUCAGUUUAAUUGUAAAUCUGGGCCAAAAUGAGAGAAAAGCUCAUUUCAGCGCAAGAGCCUUCAAUCUACGAAAAUUUACUAUUGUGAAAUAAAUAAAUGAAUAAAACAAUACACAGCUAUGCAUGAAUGACAAAGACUGGCAAUGUUUUUGAAGAUUAAAGGUUAAAAAUAACAACGUGUAAAUAUUAAAUUAAUAAUUUUAGUUAUUAGUAAAAAAAUAAUUUAUAAAGGAUUCAAGUGUUACUGAUAAAGUUAAACAAAAAAAGAUUUAAAAGGAUUCAGUUUUUGAUUGGAACACUAAAAUAUAUCACUUCCGGUCGGCGUUUCGCAUGUGGUGUAGUCGCACAAGUUAAAAUUUGUGAAUCCAGCGCUCAAACAGAUCUGAAAAUUAUGCAUCCGUCAUCACCUCAUGCAGCCCCUUUGUGACUCUCCAUAGGGAAUGAAUGACUUCCUGUUUAUCUGCCGGUGUUUGUCGUGUACAACGGAAAGGUGGCUUUACAAUAGUGUCACUGGGGCAGUGCCCUUUAAAUAUACAUAUAUGUACCUUUGAGGUACUAAAAUGCACUGUUUGGUACAAAUAUGAGUAAAAGUAUGAACUCUGUAAGUGUACCUUUUGAAAGGGUACUGACCCAGUGACAGCUAGGGACCAUGGUCACCAAUCUGUGAUGUACUUCUGACGGUGUAUGCAUUUCGAGCACUUCAAUAGACUAAUCAAACUAACCCAAAUGCAUUUUGGACACAGCACAUUUAGUUCACCCACGAGUGACAAUUCAUAGUUUACUCAUACACGAGCUGUCCCAGAUGUAAAUGCCUUUUCACGAGUUAUAAUAGGGAAAUGAGAUAAAGCAAAUUUGCCGUGCUGUCCAAUGGGAGGGGUCCGAGCUUGGAAUAUUAGCCCGAACCCAUUGUACUCCCCUCUCUUUAACUGGGAUAAAGUGAGGUGAUAAGUUGGAGAAGGGAAAAAACUGUCACAGGAGGGAGGUGAGAGAUGGCUAUAUAGACCUCUUCGCGCCAAACUUAAAUAAACGUUAUUCUAUGUUAAACUAAACGCUGAAUUUGUUUAUUUAAAUACAAAUUUUUUGGCGUAUAUGUGACUCAACAUGUUGAACCACAUUAAAAGUGUGCAUCUUG